CGCUGCUCGGCUGGUGCCUCGGAGGCUCCACGUGGGGGGACUCCCGCGAGAAUCGCCCCCAUGGGGAAAGCGCGCAAGAGGCACAACUGGAAAGCCCGACUCCCGGGGGCACAUGGGCAGCGGGGCGGGCCGCCCCAAGACCCAGUGCAGCUGGAGCUGGGAGAUGAAGCCAUCGUGAAAGGAGUGGACGCGAGUAACGCGCUGGUCCUUCCAUCGCGGAAAACCAAGGAUAAAAAAGUAGUUUGCGAAAAGGGCCCGGAAAAGAAGCCCCUGAGCAAGAAGCAGAAGAAAAUUCUGCAGAAGGUUUUGGAACAGAAAGCCAAGAAAGAAAAGCGAGCUGAUUUGCUCAAGAAGUUGAGCGAAGUCCAGGCCUCUGAGGCCGAAAUGAAACUGCUGUACACCACUUCUCAGCUAGGAACGGGAAAGCGGAUGUACCAGGCGAAACGCACCAUCCAAGAAGCAAGUGGGUCCCAUCCAGAAAAAAUCAGAAGUGUUGGCGGUGCAAACAGAAAAAGAUGCAGACUUGAACUGGAAGAGCUUGAGGAGGAAUCCAGAACAUCUAGCGAAGAGGAGGAGGAGGAAAAAGACCAAGUUGAAAAGGAGGCCCAGGAGUUCUCUGUGCCACUCACACAGCCAAAAGACCCGGUUGUGUCUCCACCCAGCCUGCCAAAGCAGCGUGGUCCAAUUUCCAAGCCAUCGUCAGAGCCUGCGGUUUUCAUCCCAGUGGACCGAACCCCCGAGAUUCAGGAAGCCAGGUUGAAGCUCCCUAUCCUUGCAGAAGAACAAGUCAUCAUGGAAACCAUUCAUGAGAAUCCCGUGGUAAUCAUAUGCGGAGAAACUGGCAGCGGUAAAACCACACAAGUGCCUCAGUUUCUGUAUGAAGCAGGAUAUGCAAGCUCCGGCAGCGUCAUCGGCAUCACGGAACCUCGUCGCGUCGCAGCAGUGUCAAUGUCGCAACGCGUGGCGGUGGAGAUGAACUUGUCGCCUCGGGUGGUUUCGUACCAAAUCCGUUAUGAAGGGAACGUCACGGACGACACCCAAAUCAAAUUCAUGACGGACGGUGUGCUGUUGAAAGAAAUCCAGAAGGAUUUCUUGCUUUCCAACUACCGAGUCAUCAUACUUGAUGAAGCCCACGAGAGGAGCGUGUACACAGAUAUUCUGAUUGGCCUUUUAUCUCGCAUCGGGCCCCUUCGGGCCAAGAAGGGACAUCCAUUGAAAUUGAUCAUCAUGUCCGCUACGCUGCGUGUGGAAGAUUUCACCGCCAACCAGAAACUGUUUUCUACUCCUCCACCUGUUAUACAGGUAGACGCCAGGCAGUUCCCUGUGGCCGUUCAUUUUAACAAGAGGACCCCUCUGGACGAGUACAGCGGGGAAUGUUUCCGGAAAGUCUGCAAAAUCCACCGAAUGUUACCCCCAGGGGGCAUCUUGGUGUUCCUCACUGGCCAGGCCGAAGUCCACUCCUUGUGCCGGAGGCUGAGGAAAUCAUUCCCUUUCUGCAGGAACGCGCACCAAGGUAGCGAAGACAAGGAGGACUCUGUGGAAGAAAUGCGAAGAUUUAAGAAAUCCAAACAGAAAAAAGACGUGAUGUUACCCAAAAUUGAUCUGGACAACUACUCCGUUAUCCCAGUCGAUGAAGGAGAUGAAGACAGGGAUGCAGGAGCAGAUGACGAUGAAGAUGCUGACAUUGCAGGCUCCGAUCUUGACCUAGAUUUGGGAGACGACGGUUUAGAAGAAGGUACAGAUGAGAAGCAGGACUCUUCGCUUCCGCUCUACGUCCUUCCCCUCUACUCGUUGCUGGCUCCCGAAAAACAAGCCAAGGUUUUCAGGGCCCCUCCUCCUGGGACGAGACUGUGCAUCGUGGCCACCAAUGUGGCCGAAACAUCUCUGACCAUCCCUGGCAUCAAGUACGUGGUUGACUGCGGGAAGGUCAAGAAACGCUUCUAUGACAAAGUCACCGGAGUCUCCUCUUUCAAAGUCACAUGGACGUCCCAAGCCUCGGCCAACCAGCGAGCCGGACGAGCCGGACGUACUGAGCCUGGUCACUGUUACAGGCUUUACUCUUCGGCCGUCUUCAGCGAUUUUGAGAAGUUCUCCGCUCCGGAGAUCACCCGCCGCCCCGUUGAAGAUUUAAUCCUGCAGAUGAAAGCUCUGAACAUCGACAAGGUGAUCAAUUUCCCUUUUCCGACCCCGCCAUCAACAGACGCGCUUGUCGCGGCCGAGGAGUUGCUGAUCGCUUUGGGGGCUUUGCAGGAACCCCCCAAAUCUGGAAGGCUGAAAAAGCUGCAGGAAGCCAAGCUGAGCUGUGCCAUCAGCCCCCUGGGAGCCACCAUGGCGUCAUUUCCUGUGGCUCCCCAGUACGCAAAGAUGCUUGCCUUGAGCAAACAGCACGAUUGCCUGCCGUACGUCAUCACCUUGGUGUCGGCCUUGACGGUUCGGGAGUUCUUUGAAGAGUUUAACCGACCAGCCGUUAGCGAAGAUGAGCAGGAGCAACUCAAGGGGAAACGGGCCCGAGUGGCACAGAUGCAGCGGAUCUGGGCUGGACAGGGGCCCUCUCAGAAGCUGGGCGAUCUCAUGGUGAUGCUAGGAGCCGUGGGGGCCUGUGAGUACGCCGGAUGUGCACCUGAAUUCUGCGCUGCAAAUGGGCUGCGCUACAAAGCCAUGGUGGAAAUCAGGCGCUUGCGGGGGCAGCUAACAACAGCAGUGAAUUCCAUCUGCUCCGACACCAGCCUCUUCGUCGAUCCCAAAAUGAAGCCCCCAACUGAGACGCAGGUGACCUUCUUGAGGCAGAUCGUCCUGGCCGGGCUAGGAAACCACGUGGCGCGGAGGAUCCAAGCCGAGGAGCUUCUGGAUGAGAAAUGGAAAAAUGGCUACAAGACGCCUCUUCUGGACGAUCCGGUCUUCAUCCACCCCAGUUCCGUCCUCUUCAAGCAACUCCCCGAAUUUGUGGUGUAUCAGGAGAUUGUGGAAACCACCAAAAUGUACAUGAAAGGCGUUUCAGCGAUUGAAGCGGAAUGGAUCCCGCUCCUUCUGGCCCCGUACUGCCACUUCGAAAAGCCCCUGGAGAACCCUCCUCCUUCCUACUCUCCUGAAAGCGGCAGCGUUCGGUGUCACAGAGUGAGCGUUUUCUAUCGAGUCGGAUGGCAGCUUCCUGCGGUGGAGGUAGAUUACCCAGAAGGCAUUGACCGCUACAAAUACUUCGCCAAGUUUUUAUUGGAAGGGAAGGUUGUUAAAAAGUUGGCCUCUUAUAGCCGCUGCUUGAUAUCCAGUCCAGUCACAAUGCUGAAAAGCUGGUCCAAGCUCCAGCCAAGGACGGAAUCUCUCCUGCAAGCCCUUGCCUCCGAAAAUGCAGACAACCGGGACGCUUUGCUCGCUGCCUGGAAGAAGAACACGAAAUAUUUGUUGACGGAAUAUUGCCAGUGGAUCCCAGAAGUUACCCACGCGGAGGUCUCGAAAUUCUGGCCCCCUGUGCUGUGAAGAUUUAAGAACAUAAAAGAAGAGCCCUGCUGGAUCAGACCAAGGGCAUUAUGCUUUGGGGUGCUUUCAUGCUGCUCCAGGGGUGUGGAAGAUCAUAGCAUACUCACCUGAACGGUGCCAACUCCACGGGGUUGCAAAGGAGUCACGGAAGCUAGUGUGACCUUGCUGGUUUGCAUUGGACAAAUGCACGGGAAAGAUAUUUUCAAAUGUGAGAGAAGUCUCAUGUGUGUGUGUGUGUGUUUUGCAGGGUGGGAAGUUAGAGCUGCUAAGUUAACAGAUUUUGAAGGGUCACCCUAAUUUCUGUGCCUCUCCUCAGUGCCUCUCCUACAGCCGUGGUGGAUCCUUUCAUGUGAAUAUUAUUAUUAUUGUUGUUGUUUUAAACACACUCUGUAUUAUAGUUUUGUAAAUUUAUUUUGGUAUUCCAACAAGGCGGUUUUCUGAAAUAAAUUGAUCUUUGUUUUUCUAUCCAA